CGAAGGAGGCCUGCCCUUUUUGUAUUCAAUUGCCGGUGCGUCUAUGCAAAAAGCAAGGAGCAGGGCUGCACCCCCGGGAGGCGCGCGCAAUGGCUGAAAGCUUUUCUGUUUUGGGAUGUGGCUCUACCUGCCCGCCCCUUCCCCCUCCCCCACGUGGUGCAGGUAAGAGACACCUGGCGGCGCCGGCCCAUUGGCUCCUUCAAACCACGACGUGGCAGCGGUGGGGGAGGAGGCCGCUUGGGGAAAGGGGAGGAGGGGGCGGGAGACAAUGGCUGGAUGAAUGGAGAGGGGAGGGCGAGAAAGGAGGAGGGAGAGACCCGAGGGGCGGGGGAGAAGCAGUUGCCACCCGGAGGGUAGUGGGUAGAGGGAAAGGGGUGAGGGGUAAAGGGGCGGCUGGACUCGCUUGUGGGGGGUACCCCUUUGGAGGUAACCAAUAGGUGUGGGGGGCUUGGAGAAAUGCCGGCUGUGGGGAACGAGGCCGGAGGUUCUAAAGGGUCAAACGAAAAGGCCUGGCGCGGGGAGGCGAAAGGAGGCAAGGGGCGAGGCCUGGGGUGCGGAGCAGCCCAGGGCGCGGCGCCCCGAGAGAGCAAGCCACGGAGGGAGGGACUGGCCAACGGCCUCGGGGAGGUGACGGGGGCAAUUGCCAAGCACCGGAAAAGCCGCUCCCGAGCCCAACACACCUUUAAAUGCAAACAGCAGGCCAAACCCUGCAGGCCCACCCCCUCUCCGGGCGGGAGCCGGGGCGCACGCUCCUCCAAACCCGGAGGCGCUGCCCACCUUGGGGAGUGAAACCCCGACGCGCCGCCGAACCAGACGCCCGGGGCUGGAUGCCCAGCCCAAGUUACGCCCAAAGACGCAGUUGCGGCGCGCGAAGCAGCAGGAGGACCCCACUCUCUUUUCUCGCAACCACUCCCUUAAUUGCUACGUCCUGUUUCGUCCUGAGGGCUAGUUCGAGACUAGUACGUCCUCCGGGGCGGGAACCCACUCCCCUUGACUUGCCCUGAGCUCUAAAUAAAACGCAUCUACUCCGCGUAGGUGUUUGUCUAAAUCAAGCUUUUGUAAACAAGCUUUUUCCUCAGUUCCCCACUCCAGUCACACGCCCUCUACUCAUACUUUUGCCUUUGUACUUAUGUGUCGAUUUUUGGCCAGGUUGCCGAGCAGCCUCUCUACUCUGCUCAGCUAGGUCUGCGCCGAGGCUUGUGCGCUCACCAUCACCCCCAGCCACCAGUUGGACGGCAAUGUGGUGGGCCUGUUGACAGAGAGAAAAGCGCCAGAGGUGGUUUCCUCGAGUUUUAUAUUUCAAAGUGCUCUAUUCUUGAGAACAAAAUUCCUUCUGAAGUAUUACUAAUCCGGCUCCAGGUGUCCAACGCUGCAUAUUCAUGAUGUGAAAUUAGGCAACACACGCCUAUCGCUACAGUAACCCACUCCAGGGACACAUCCGAGAACCUUUCAGGAUGCAUGUCAGGGGAAGCUGGAGACGACGCUUCUCGGACCCGGAGGAAGCGCGGACUUAGCGGGGACGAGCUGAGGCUGAGGGAAGGAGGGGAGCAGGGGUUUGAGGAGCCCGAGGCCGGCGCCGCCGAGUUCCUCCUUCGCAGGAGAUGGUGCCGGCGGAGGCGCUGCCGCCCGCGGCGCAGGUGGCACCUUGCGUCCCCCGAGAGCGGGCGGAGGCCGGGCUCUGCCGGGGCCAGGCAGCGCUGCAAGGGCGCUCGAAGGUGCACUGUGCCACCCUUGUCUGCAGCUCGAGUUUCAGCGGCGCGUGCUUUUCGCUCUGGGACUUCAGGGAGCAGGGUCGCAAAAGGGCCCCCGUCGUCCUGGUUGGCUCGCAGCAGCAACCUCGCCCCGCCCCCAGUCCCCCUAUCUCGGAGCCACCCUCCUGGGCCUACAGGCGCCGCGGGGCCAGGGACUGGGCGCGGAUCGAGGCGGGGAGGGACCUGGAAAAACCACCCAGAUUGCAUUGCAGUGGGUGAGGCAGCCCGGAGAGCCGGUUCUCCUGAGCCACCUCCCUGCGGGGCUUUUUCGGUGCGCUGUUCCCAGGUGCUCUAUCCUACCUGGGCCAGGGAGUGCCGCCUCGCAGGGACGCGGGACCCGCUGCGUGGCCCCGAGGAGCGGCCCCGAGCGCGCGCGGCGGCUGCCCGGAGGCCCAAGGCCCGGCGUGCGACUGUUGCUGCGAAUGGUUAGAACAGCUCAGGAAGUCGCGCCCCGCCGUCCUUUUUGGCGCCUGGUGUUCGGAUUAAUCAUUUGUAUAGCGCGUUUGGAUAAACUGAGAACUUUAUGAGCGCGUUUGCCAGGGAUUCUGCAGCGUCAUCCGUGUUAGAAUCGAAUCUCAGAGCUCCCCCUUUUCACAGAGGCUUGCCUUUUCUUUUUUAAGGAAGUCGGAUCCCUGGUGUCUGAUUUUUUUAAAUUUAAAGUUUAAUCUGCCUAACUAGGUUACACGGACAGGAUUUUUUUGUUUUAUUUUGUUUUCUAAUGUAUUCCCAGGGCUUGGAACAGAGCCAGAAAUAUACUAGGCAUUCAACAAAUAUUUGUUGAAUGAUUUUAGUGAGUAACACCCAACCAUUUUUGUAGUUCUUUGUCUCCUGAGCUGGGCAGAGUUCAUCACCGCAAAGUAAGAAUAAUCAGGAUGAGGUGCCUGGGAAGAACCUUGAGAAGAGUGGCUCAUUCUACCUGUGGGCUUCAGGUAAAACUCCCCAAAACAAGUCAUGAAAGGCAACUGAAGAACUGUUCCAGAAUAAAGGAACUUGUGAGGCAUCACAACUAAAUGCAACAUGGAACCUGGAUGAAAACAUUUUUUUGCUUUAAGAGACAUUAUUGGGACAAUAGGAGAAAUUUGAAUAAGAUCUGCAGGUUAAAUAUUAGUAUCGUAUCAGUUUUAAUUUCUCAAUUUUUGUAAUAUUACUGUGGUUCAGCAGGAAAAAUGUCCUUUGUUUUAGGAAGUACACAGGAUUUAGGGAUAAAUGAGAAUUGUGUCUAUAACUUACCCUUACAAUUCUGACAAAAUAUACACAUAUGUAUAUAGACAGAGAAAAUGAUAAAGCAAAUGUGGUAAAGUGUUAACAUUGGGGAAUAUGAGUGAAGGAAUUCUUUAUACUAUUCUUUGCACCUUUUAAAAAGUUUUUUAAAAGCAUGAGGACUUUUCUUUUUUUUAAAGAUUGGCACCUGAGCUAAUAUCUAU